CUUGACAACAUGCCCAACUCUGAUUUGCUUGUUGCUUCUCCCCCCGUUUCUUUGUCUCCUCAAGUGGUUGUCCGUGAUGGAAUACCCAAUUCUGAUUUGCCUGUUGUUUCUCCCCCCGUCUCUUUGUCUCCUCAAGUGGUUGUCCCUGAAGAAAAUCCACUGGGUGAUGACGAAGUUGACGGGGUUUUAGCAUCCAUGGAUAUGGAUUUCAAUACCCCGCCGUCUUCCCCACCUGUCUCCUUUCUUCAAUCUUGGACGAUUUCAGAAUUUCAGAGGAUUGAAGAUAGGAGAAGAUCCAAUCUAUUACGUGGAGUGCAGCUGAAAACUCGGCACGAAAAAUUUAAGAAAAACCGACAGAAUGCUGAAGCUGCUUUGGAAAGAUCUAAGCGGAAUGAGGCAUGGGCCAAAAAGGAGCUGGCCUCAUUCCGCUCCAAAAUGUGCAAGGAUGAAGCUGAGGCACAGAGAAUGUUUGGAGAUGUGAUUUAG